AUGGCGCUCGCUGAUCCCUCUCCUGCUGCGGCGGCGCGCGCGCUGUCCGGCUUGCCCCUGGACGUGCUCCGCCUCAUUGUGGCCAAGCUGGACCUGCAGGACCGCCUACGCCUAGAGGCGCUGGACAGGAGUCACCGGGAGAUCAUGAGGGAGCCGGAGCUGUGGCAGGAUAUCAGGCUGGGAGGUGGGAGGGCAUUGGAGAUUAAAGAGGAGCAGCUUCUCAUUCUCAUUUCCAGAAUCGAUCACCGCAUGCAGGCUGCGUCUCACAUAGCCGGCAUGACAGCUGCCCUUCAAGACAUUACGCAGAGUUACCUGGGGCAUGAUCCGCUGCGCAACCCGAAACUGGACUCCCGACUGAGCACUCCUGGAGCAACCUUAGGCUCACCCUUCUCCUUCAUUGAAAUAAGAGUGUUAUACCAAGCAGUGCCCGAGACCUGGGGCCCUCUCAGGCUCAUCGCAGAAACGUGCACAGUCUGGGUGGUCGAGCAAGUCAACCGGAUUCCGAAAGCCGCUCGGAAGCUCUUUUCGGCCUGCCAGAAGAUCGUCAGGGAUCCUGCUGCGAUCGUAGGGACCCUGAAGGCAAAAUUGACCGGUCAGGUGAAGCUUGAGGGCAAACCGUCAGCGAAGAAGGCAGUGUCUCUCAACGUCACAGGGGGCACCAAGUUGUCUCCAGCCUUUCUCGCAGCGUGCACCAUUGCCCUCUCGGCGGCAGGGUACCACGUGGACCUCACGAUGGACGGAGAAAGCGACCCUGGCUUUCUGGUCAACCACCCUGUGCAUGACGUCAUCCGGAGCCUGGCCCUCGACUGCUCGCUGCACGUAAACCUGCUAGUGUCCGGAAAAUUUCCUUGGACGGCGGACUGUCUCGAGGGCUUCGGUCAAGGCGGGCAGUUGCAAGCAGCGGUGCAGCCCGAAACGGUGGAGGCGAAAGUGGAGCGCGUGGCUGCCUCGAUAGCGCCCCAUUACAAAGGCUCAAGCGCGGCAUGCCAAAACUUCCUUGACAAAGUCUGGUCGCUGGUGGAAUUCAGAGCUGCAGUCGCGGGAAAAUCAGGCUCGGCCAAAGGCGCGACAGCCAAAGUCGUAAGCGAGACCGUCGUUUUGGAGCAUCUCGUCGAAGUGGAGCCCCUUCUCCUCGAAGCACUGCGCAGGUGCUCGUCGCCGGAAAAGCUCCAGCUGGCGUUCCGGAACUGCCUGCUUCCGGCCAACGGAUUCCGCUCGCUCUUUGCGGUACUCGGGGAGCGCGGAACCGGCCGCGUGGCCCUUCAGCAGCACUCUCCGUUUGAGAAUCCUCAGGUGGCAGCGCUCCUUUUAGCGUGCGCAGAGCUGCAAAGCAGCACGGGGCUCAAGGUUCUCGAGCUCGACCUUCCGCUCUCUCCGGCGGACCUCGAUUCCGUCGCCCUGUUCCUGGACCGGAACCUGAACGGCGCCGAGGUUGUCAUCCACUUGCGGCCGGCCUUCUACUUCAAAAGCGGCCAGCUAUCGCAGCGCUUCUUCUCGCAGCUCAGGGGGCUGUGCUUGUCAGAGCGGAGUGCCCGGCUGAGGAUUGUGCGCUACCGGGGAGGGGCUCCGCUUUCGAAAGGGAGAGCCGCUGAAGACCCAGGAAGCCUCGACGCCUUCCUUUCGCCAGUCCAGCAGGAAAUACGGUCCAAGCUCCGGAUCCGCAAAAUCGUCGGCUUCGUGGACCGUUCGAUCUCCUUCUUACUCGUCGGAGAUUUGCUCGUCGUCUUGGCUACUCUCGUGGACUGGCUCCUCGGUUUAGGCUGGCUUAGCUUUAUGACAAAACGGGCCAAGGUGAUGGCCUACCAGCUGGCCAUGGCCAUGACCUUCUUGUGGCCGUCGAUACAAGCGUCGCUGCUGGGGAGGUUGGAUCUGACGGGCACGGUUUACGGGCUUUGCGUCAGCGGCUUCCUGCCCAUGACGUGGAUCGACUUGGCCAUCAGGUCCUUGCCCGCGUACCUGGGCGCUUGUCUCGUGUGGACGAUCGCGAGGUGCCUGCUCAAGGCUGCUGCGGGGUGUUUCCGCCACUUCGCUGCCAAGGUGAGGGAACCACAAGAACUCCACGACUUCGGGGCCGAGAAGCAACCCGAGGCCGUAGAUCUCUUUCCUGCCACGGAAAAGGAAGCGGAGGGUAAGACUCGCUCGGCGCUGGUCCUAAUGGCAGAUCUGGGUUCGACCAUCUUAGGAAGCCUUCCUGGUUCGAGACGCCACCAGAAGUCCUGA